AUGGUUGGACUAAAUUUUGUUUCCUUCCAUCUCGUUAGCUCUGAUGAUUUGACAGAUUUGGAUGAAGACUUUGAGCCUCCAUUGAAAAAUACCAAGCGGAAAAAGCAGACAAAGUCAAGCUCGCUGCCACCCAAGAAACCUAGGCGCAAAGAUGAAUUGAUGACAUCACCAAUCCUGGCUAGUAGCCUGUCUCUAUCUACGCCAGAGGUUUCUGAGGAUGAGCAGUCAUCCCAAAUCACAACCAGGCAGGCCUUAUCCAAGCCGAAGAAAAGAGCGGUGAACAGAGGUGACAAAGUGAUCAGUGCAAAGGAUUUGUACGAAGCUGUCAGUGUUGGAAAGAGUGAUCUCAUGCUGAUAAUUGAUGAUUGGCUGGACUACUACAAGCAGAGCCGGGAGCCAGGAUUUUUGGUGCUAAUCAACUUCAUCGUUCAGUGCUGUGGAUGCCCAGGUGUGGUUACCGAGGCGAUGCUUGACAACAUGCAAAAUGCAGACAUAAUCACCACGCUGACCAAAAAGUUUGAUCAGAGUUCAGCAAGCUACCCUUUGUCUGGAACAGGCGCCUCGCCCAAGCGAUUUCGAGCGGGCCUCUGCGAGUUUGCCCGCAUCCUUGUGAACUCCUGUCAAAACAGUCUCAUUUAUGAUGAUUAUCUUUUUCCCUCCUUGUUGUCCCUCCUCACCGGGCUGUCUGACUCCCAAGUCAGAGCAUUCAGACACACAAGUACCCUGCUCGCCAUGAAACUGAUGUCAGGAAUGGCAAAGGUGGUUGUGGCCGUGUCCAUUCAGCUGCAAACAGUAAGGCGGCGCUAUGACUUGGAGUGCGGCAAAAACAUGGAGGAUCAAGACUCUGAGCGACUGGAAGAUUUCAAGACUGUCAUCAAAGAGCUGCUGGAGAACAAAGAGGAGUUGUCAUCCAUGAUGAAAGCCACCUUUCGGGGCAUUUUUGUGCACCGCUACCGUGACCAGCAAGUGGAGAUCAGAGGUCUUUGCGUGGAAGAGCUGGGCGUGUGGGUCAAAUUGAACCCCGAAUGCUACCUCAAUGAUGGCUGUCUCAAAUACCUGGGCUGGAUGCUUAAUGACAAGCAAAGCGUGGUGCGUCUGCAUUGUGUGCGAAGUCUGCAGGGUCUCUAUGAGGAGCAGGAGUUCAUUGGUCGCAUGGAGCUUUUCACCAGCAUGUUCAAAAAUAGGCUGCUCAAUAUGAUCAUGGACAAGGACUCUGAGGUUGCUGUAGAAGUGGUCAAGUUGUUGCUGCAAAUCCAUGAGGCCAUGGAUGAAGAAGGCCUGCAGGAGGAGGAAUGUGCUCAUAUCUAUCCCCUGGUUUACAACGCUAACCGCAGUUUGGCCUCCGCAGCCGGCUUGUUCCUCUAUAAGAAGCUAAAAAGAAUGAUUGGCAAUGAGAACGAGACGGACAUGAAUUUUAACUUCAUCCAAAUUCUCAUCAACUUCCACAUUAAGAGUGAGUUCAAGGAGCAUGCGACUUACCUGGUGGAUAGUCUAUGGGGUGCUGCGAGCUCUGAGUUAAAGGACUGGGAGUGUAUGACUAAUCUUUUGCUCCAGGAAAGUGGUUUAAUGGACGAAGAAGAAGGCGUACUCAUCGACUUGAUGAUAUGCUCAAUCAGACGGGCAGUGGAGGCAACCCCACCAUUAGGGAGAAUUUCAUUCAAGAAGAGCCUGAGUAUGAAGGAAAGGAAGACCCAGGAACAAGACAGGAGUCGUAUCACAGCCCAUUUUAUCCCAAUUCUUGGACUGUUGCUGGCCAAGUACUCUGCAGACACAGGGACUGUAAGACUCCUCCUGCAAAUGCCUCUCUACUUUGAUUUGGACUUGUACGGCAACUCACAGCGCACGGAGAAGCAUUUGGACCAGCUGCUCUCCCAGAUCUGCAGGAUUGUUGAGAAGCACACUGAUAACGCUGUGUUGGGAGCGUGCACCAAGCUUGUUAACACGCUCUGCUCCAACAGCCAUGCUUUCUCCUCCCGCUCCAACCUAGUUUUUAGUCAACUCCUUGACAACCUGACUGAGCACUUCAACUCCUGUUACAGUGACCUGGAGCAGGACCCAACUGUUGAUGUUUUCAGUGCAGCCAUGGCCUUGAAAAGGAUUGCAGCCUUGGUCAGUGGCACCAACCUGUCAAGUGGAAGACUUUUUGACUCUUGCAUGGAGCUUCUUAAAAGCAGGAUGGAGUCCAGAUAUCUUGAUGAGGAACUCGUGGUGGCAGCUCUGAAAUGCUCUGCUUUCCAUCUAAUGUGGGCCAAAGUGAAUCUUCUCCCUCUUCCAAGCCAGGUCGACAUGAAAUGGCUGAAGAAGAAGGUCCAAUCCUUCUGCCGAAUCUGCGAAACAUGUCUGUCUCUUGGCCAGGCUGAGAUCCGAGAUCAGGCAUUUGAGUUGCUGUGUGACCUCCUGAUCCUUUACAGUCGAAUUUCUGUCCACUCUGAUCCCGCCCUUGAAAACUUGUACCACGUGCCCUCUAAUUCUCUGCGUGCAGAAAUGGCAGCUUUCGUUGUGGACUAUGUCCUUUCAGACACUGAUGAUGAUGAGUUGGAAGAUCAACAGGAGGAGCAACUCAGACUUCUUGAGAAGAAGCGCAAGCAGCUUGCCGGCUUUUCUAAGUUGGUCAUCUACGGCGUGUUCGACAUAACCGCUGCCACUGACAUCUUCAAGCAUUACAACAAGAACUUCAAGGACUUUGGUGACAUCAUUAAAGAGACCAUAAAUAAGACGAAGCUCAUCAAUCCUAUACUGAGCGCCAGGACUCUCUGCCUGUCUAUGCAGCAGCUGUACUCAGAAAUGCUGACAGAGGAGCUCAGCAGAAGAGAUACUGACGAGAUACGAGAUUUGGCCAGAAAGCUCACCAUGACUUUUGGCAAUGACCUUCAACAAGCUCACAAACCUCUGCUAGCUCUGCACAUGAGCGGCAUACUUUUUGCCUUCAAGGGACCGCGCGAAGAAGGGGAAGAACAGCACCCUAAUUUGGCCUUUUUUGAGAUCCUCAGCGAAUGCAAUUUUAAGCUGGUACCGAAAGACAAGGCCAGGCUGGUUACUUUCCUGAAAUCCUCUUGCCCCACUGAUGUACUCUUGUCCUCGAAACCGGUCUGUAUGUAUCAGAGGUCCUUGGAAGGGACCUCUGCCCAGGUCAGGGAAACAGGGGUUGGUCUGCAAACAGUCUCGGCCACUAAACGCCGAAAGACCAAACCUCAAGGUUCAGUGGAUAGGUCCAAGAAAGAAUCCAUGUCAGAUAAUAGCCAUGUCCCAAGUCAGCUGUCCAGUCCGAUAUACACUUCCACUGGCCGUAAGGAGAUCCCGACCGAAACUAGGCUCCGCCAAGCUGUCAUAUUGGAAUCGGAUGUUGACAACAGUUUACCUGAUUUGGACUCUGAAGAGGAAUUCUCCUCAGGACUGAUCCAAACAUUUCAGAUCACAGGCACCAGGUAUGAUUUCUACGAAGAGGUUGAGCUCAACCACAGACUUGAAAUGAUAGCUGAGGGCGAUCCAGAACAAGAGGAAGCUGAGUGUGACGAAUGUGAAAGCCUGCCUUCAUUGGUGAUGGACGUGAUUCCAGACGGUCCAGGCAGGUCGAGAUGGGCACGGUGA